AGCGACACAGAAAAGAGCGCCGAAUUUGCGAUGAUUAACGUUUCUGCAUCCGAAGAGCCUCAGGAGGAGGAGGAGGAGGAGGAGCAGGACGAGCGAGAGGAGGAGUGUGAGGAGGAGAACGACGAAUACUCGAUCGAGGAGGAGUGGGUCGAGAUACCGGUGCCCGCAGAGACUGAAUGCCAGGAUGGACACGGUGCUGGGUUGGAGGAUAUCGUGAGGAGAAAGGGAGGAUCCGGAGAACGGCCGACAGGGAGAAGGAGAUGGGGCAACUGCGAGAGCACGGAAAUUCGCACGGAAUUCGCAGCAAUGGGCGAUGAUUACGGUAUUUCACCGGCACUCUACUAA